GGUCCUGACAGUCCAGUUGCCGGCCCUUUAAAUCCCCGGAGAGCUCUGUCUGCCGGGACUCCGCAGUCUGACCGCCCGGGCUCUCCGUCUCUCCGCCUCUCCGCCGCCGGGAUGUUUGAUCUGGAUCGGACCUGGAACCUGUCCUUCGCCGGCUGCGGCUUCCUGGGGGUUUAUCAUGUCGGGGUGUCCAGCUGCCUGCAGGAGAAGGCCCCUCACCUCAUCACAGGGGCCACCAGGAUCUAUGGGGCAUCCGCAGGGGCCCUCAACGCUGCUGCCCUGGUGUGUGGCUGCUGCCUGGCUCAGUGCUGUUCCGACGUGAUGGAGGUGGCCAAGGAGGCCAGGAAGAGAAACCUCGGCCCCCUGCACCCCUCGUUCAACUUGGUCAAGAUCCUAAAAAACGGGCUGUACCGGAACCUGCCGGACAACGCGCAUGAGCUGGCGUCGGGCAAGCUGUGCAUCUCCCUGACCCGGGUGUCUGACGGGGAGAACGUGCUGGUGUCCGACUUCAGCUCCAAAGAAGAGCUGAUCCAGGCGUUAAUCUGCAGCGCCUUCGUCCCCAUAUACUGCGGAAUCAUCCCCCCGUCCUUCCGAGGAGUGCGUUAUGUAGAUGGCGGAAUCAGCAACAACUUGCCGGAGUACGAGCUGAAGAACACGAUCACCGUCUCUCCCUUCUCCGGCGAGUCGGACAUUUGCCCCCGAGACAAUUCCACCAACUUCCACGAGCUGAGGGUGACCAACACCAGCAUCCAGCUCAGCCUCCCCAACCUGUACCGCCUGACGCGGGCGCUCUUUCCACCCGAACCCAAAGUUCUCGGGGAGAUGUGUCAGCAGGGAUACAACGAUGCCCUUAGGUUCCUAAAAGACAACCACCUUCUAAGCGCCCCCGCUCCUUCCACGGACCCGCUCCUGAAACCCGCGGAACCCUCGGCCGAUUCACGCUGCGCAAGCGCGGAAUGUCUGGUAUCCGGCAGCCAAAAGGACGACAAAGCAGCUGAGUCCCAGCAGCCGCUGAAAUUUCCUCCCUGGCCCCUGGAUAAGCGGAUUAUGGAGAAGCUGCCCCCUGGACUGGUCACUGCUCUGAAGGACGCGUGUAAGGAAAAAGAUGGCCUCUAUAACCAGAUAUCCGGCCUCCUGCCGCUGCGGGUCGCGUCCUACAUGGUAAUGCCGUACACGCUGCCCGUGGAGUCCGCCUAUUCGUUCGCUUUACGGUUAGUGGAAUGGUUUCCCGACAUUCCCGAUGACGUGCGUUGGAUGCAGGAACAGAUGCGUUCGGUCGCCGGCGCGGUUUACUACCAGGCAAAAAAGCGCCUGCUCCCGGCGAGCCCGCCCGUCCGCAGCACCCUUCGGAAAUGCCUGAGCCUCCCGCCUCGGAUCCAUCAGGCGUCCGCGUUUUUGCCGGCCAAUAACUGCUCGUCGAUGGACCUGGAGGGUUGGGUUUUUGACUUUUCCAGCCCCUCCUCGGGCGAUAUUCACGGGCGAGCCGUUCGCGGGGCGUUCCCUGCCUGCGAGACGUCCUCGCUCGGCUCGGAAGAAGACGACGACUCGGGGGUACAGAUGAGCUUCUCCUGCGAUGACCUGGACACCUCCUCGGAAAUAAACUUCUAGCCAAAUAAUAAAAUAAA